AUGAGGCUCGCGACGUUGGUCGCCGCAGCAGCCGGCCUGUUGCCGACGACCACUGCUUCCAACGCUGCCGACACGGCCGACACCCCACCACGCCGGAUCGCCGUGAUCGGUGCCGGUGCUGCAGGCGCCUCCACUGCCUACCAUCUCCGCCAGUUUGCCGACCAAGACGGCGUCGCCGUCAACAUUACUCUGUUUGAAAAGACGGACCGCAUCGGAGGCCGCGCCCUCGUCGCGCACGCCUUUGACGACCCCAACCAGCCCGUCGAGCUCGGUGCCUCCAUCUUUGUCGAGGUCGAUGCCAUUCUCCAGGGGGCGGCCGCCGACUUUUCGCUGCCGCGCAUCCCGGCCGGCGGCGGCAACGACGACGACGGCAGCGACAGCGGCAUGCUCGGCAUCUGGGACGGCGACCGGCUUGUCUAUACGCAAGACGACCGCGCCUACGGCUGGUGGAACCUCGUGCGGCUGGUCUGGACCUACGGCACCGCGCCCUACCGCGCCGACAAGCUCAUGCAGGCCACCGUCCGCCAGUUCUUGGCGCUGUACGAGCCGCCCUACUUCCCCUUCCGCUCGCUCACGACGCGCGCGUACGAGCUGGAGCUAGCCUACGUGACGAGCCAGACGGGCGACCAGUUUUUGCGCGCCAACGGCGUGUCGGACCUAUAUGCCCACGACAUCGUGCAGGCCAGCACGCGCGCCAGCUAUGCCAGCAACCUGGCCCGGCUGCACGGCCUCGAGACCAUGAUGGCCCUGGCGCCGGCGGGCGGCGCCUCGCAGAUCCGCGGCGGCAACUGGCAGCUCUUUGACCACAUGGUGCGGGCUGGCGGGGCGGCCGUCCGCCGCAAUACGUCGGUCACGGCCAUUGAUCUGGUGCCGGGCAGCGCGCCGCCCCACUCCAAGUACGUCGUGAAGACGACAACGACGACGCAGGCAGUCGAUGGGGCCGGUCGUAGUGCGUCCUCGGAUGACGGGGCCGAGUACGACGACAUUGUCCUUGCCACCCCCUACCAGUUUAGCAGCAUCGCGGCCGGCGACGGCGUCCUCCAGACGGGCAUUGACGCGAUCCCCUACGUCGCGCUGCACGUCACCCUCUUUGCCUCGCCGCUGCGUCUGAGCCCGGCCUUUUUUGGCCUCGAACCGGCCGCCGCCGUGCCCACGACCGUGCUCACCACCCUCGCCGCCGACGACGGCGAUGACGGCGACGACGACGGCGCCGGCAAGCCGGGAUUCUUCUCGAUCCGCACCCUGCGCCGCGCCGUCAACCCGGCCACCCUGCGCGAGGAGUACCUGUACAAGAUUGUUUCGCCCGAGAAGGUGACUGCCGCUUUCCUGUCCGAGCUCUUUGACAUUGACAUUCCGGACAGCAUCACGGGCGAGCCAUUGGCAUCAUCGUCGUCGUCGUCCGUCCCCCCCAUCUCGUGGUACUACCCACACGUCUUCCACGCAUACCCCAAGGGCUACCCCCGCGUCACGUUCCAGGACCCCAUCGUCGGCGACGGCGUCUACUACACGUCCGGCAUGGAGAGCUUCAUCUCGACCAUGGAGACGAGCGCGCUGAUGGGCAAGAACGUGGCACGCCUGAUUGUGGACGACAUCCAGGGCCUGUCCACGGGCGAGACCGUGGCCCAAGGUGCGGGGGAGCAGGCAAAGAAAACGACAAAGGGCGGCAAGACGAUGGCUGGCCUGCAGCCCGACAAGGGUCAACAAGUGGUGGGCGAGCUGUAG